AUGGCAGUUCACCAACCGUCGAGCUUUCAAGCCAAACGUGCAGGCAUCUCCCUGCUGCUUCAACCUAUCAACACCAAUCAGCCAGCCAUGACAGCACAAGCAUUAGCACUGGAGAAGCUCAGCCGUUCAGUGGACAUGAGCAUCUUCCAAGAGUUGCUUGAUCUGGAUACACCAUCUGAACAGUUUAGCAAGGAUGUUGUUACCGAAUAUCUAGUCAUGGCUCCAGAGUCAUUGAGCACCAUGAGGGAAAGCUUGGCGUGUGCUCGCAUCGAGACUAUCCUGGCACACGGCGUCGACCUGCACUACACUGGCAUCGGCCUUGGUCAGAUCUGUGAAAUUCUCAGAUAUGUCGUCAAGGACGCCCAUUCACACUUCGAGUUGGCCAAGAUGGCUUUCUCAUCCUUCUACAACCUGCCAUUGCAUUCGCCUCAAGAAGACGCUUCCGACAUCUCGAGUGCAAGCAUCAGUCUAUGA